AAUAAAAAGACAAACAUUGCGCAAGUUUUUCACAGCAGUUAUAUUAUUCGAAGUGAUAAUUAACUACACACGAUGUCGGCUUCAUUGGAUUCAUCUUUGGACCCUAUGGAGGAAAUCCGCUUCCGAAAGAAACAUGGACAAAUCUGGGCAGAGAUACAGAAAGAUACGCAUUUUAGUUUUGAUGAAUUAGAACAAAUAAUGGUGAUAUUUUUCAAGAUACAAAAGCGGGAUGAGAAACCUGCCGGAUCUGAUUUGAUUUCACGUGGUCACUUCCGUGACGUGCUGCAUACCGGGCUGGGCAUGACGGACGCAUAUAUGAUGGAGCGCGUCAUGGUAGCGCUGGACCGAGGCACGUCGCCCUACGUCACGAUGGCCACUUUCGCCAAGGCCAUGUCGCUCUAUUUGCGAGGAAACCUGGAGGAGCGUAUCACAUACGCAUUCACGUGCUACGACUUGUUGAGUGAAGGUCACUUACGAAGAGAAACAAUGUACCAACUGAUGAAGAAAAGCCUGGCAAAAGCAUCCCGAGACGACGACGUCGAAGAAGCAGUUAAGGAAUUCGUCGAUAUAAUGUUGAAGAGAAUGGACGUAGACCUGGACGGGGUGAUCAGCUUCCAGGACUUCCACACGGCCGUGGUGAAGACGCCCUCGCUGCUGGAGAGCCUGGGCUAUUGCUUGCCAGAGCGCACGGCCGUCUACUCCUUCAUCGCCACCUGGUGCCCUACGUGGGGAAAAAUGUGAACUUUGUUACAACUUUUAUUUUUAGACAACAAUUUGAUUGGAUGAUUGUUUCAUUUGCAUUCUAUAUUCGAUAUUUCUUUAUUUCGAUUCCAAACAUUUAACCACCAAAGUGGCUUUAUUAAUUUUUUUUUAUAGCCAUACUCUAGUGGUAUAUUUUUGAACUGUUAAAUAA